UUAGGAAAGAAUGAUAGUUUUAAUCUCUUAGUCCCCAGGGUGAUCACAUUAUCAAAAUGAGAGAAGGGAAUUUGGCAGGGAAGGGACACCUGGUAAGGAUAUUAGUCAGGUAAUCCUACCAAAGUAGGGUAUUGAAUUACCUCCACCCUCAGACAUUGCAAAAAGGAGUCAAAAGCGAAAUUUGUAGAUACUGACAGGCAUAUGUAGAAUAGAUAAACAAGACUAUACUGUAUAGCAUAGGGAAAUACAUACAAGAUCUUGUGGUAGCUCACAGUGAAAAAGAAUGAGACAAUGAAUGUAUGCAUGUUCAUGUAUAACUGAAAAAUUGUGCUCUAAACUGGAAAUUGACACAACAUUGUAAACUGACUGUAACUCAGUAAAAAUUAUUUUAAAAAUGGGGAAAGAAUUUGAUUAAAUCAACCUCCUCCAAAAAUAGCUCUAAUGUUCGAGGGAAAUGAUGUUUACUUUUCCCAUUCGUAGGAUUGAACCUCAACCUGUCUCAAAAAGCAAGUAUCCACAUAAGCCAUUAUCACAGCUUUUAGGUAAAAAAAUGCAAACGCUAAAAUGUAUUAGUACUUUUUGCUGGCUGCCCAAUUUUCAAGAGCUGUAAUAAACAUAUUUUAAACACCCAAAAAAAUAAAUAAAUAAAGCUAAUGGAGUGAGCGGAGAGAAGGACUGCCGAGUAUUAGAGGACGUGCCGUCUCACAGUGCGACGAAGAGCAUACAUAGGACAAUAUUGAAAACCUGAGUUUAAAAACCACUGGUUCUCCUGUCGUUCUUGAUUUUGGGGUUAGGGAGAGGCAGAGUAAAAACGUGGGUUUAUUAUAUUUCAUAUAUUCAGUAAGAGUCAUACAUACUAUUUUCUUGUUAUAUAGCACUUUCCUUGUUAGCUUUGACUUUAGAGAAAGAGUAAAGACUCAAGCCUUUUCUUCCAGUUGGCUUUUAUUUUCAUUAUAGUAAUAGAAUCAAGAUUUGAAGUCUGCUUUUGACUUUUUCUGGGUGAUGGUGGUCAGUGUUCCUCCUCAUGUGGUCCAGGGGCCUCUAUAAAAGUCACUUUGGGUUGCCUGUAGAAGGGCAGAUUACUGGGCGCCAACCCUAGACUCGCUGAAUCAGAAUCUAGGGUUUGGGGGAUUGCCCAUUGAGGCCUAGGAAUGUGCAUUUUUAACAAGUCUCUUGGGUGAUGUGAUUAGUUUGAAAAAACUGUUAGAACAGCUCCUCAGGAACAGAAACUAGUUACUCAACUUUGUAUAAAAUGCCUAGAGUAUGGCACAUAGUUGAAUAUAUGUUGUAUAAAUAAAUGAAAACCUCCAGCUAUAAAACAUGUACAACCACUUACAGAAUAGGGCAUUUCACAAAGAACUUUCACAUAUCAAGCCCAUUAGAUCGUAUCUUAAUUCUUAGUUCAGCUAAAAAGAGUAUUUACUCUAUCUCCCACUAUUCUAUAUUCUUAGGCAAUUUAAAAACCUUAGUUCCAUAAACCGCUAGUUCUUUUUACAAUGCCUUCUUCAAUUUUGUCUCCUCUCUGCGCUUUCUUCAAUCAUGUCUGGUUCACUGUGGCCCUCAGGCAUGGAGGUUGAAAACUAGGAAUGUGAGCCAUGUCUAAUACAACGAAGUAUACGGAUGGCCCGCACUAUGGAACCACUGGCAAAGAAGAUCUUUAAAGGAGUAUUAGUAGCUGAACUUGUGGGCAUUUUUGGAGCCUAUUUUUUGUUUAAAAAGAUGAACACAAGCCAAGAUUUCAGGCAAACAAUGAGCAAGAAAUUUCCCUUCAUCUUAGAAGUUUAUUACAAAUCCAUUGAACAGUCUGGAAUAUAUGGAAUUAGAGAGCAAGAUCAAGAAAAAUGGCUGAACAGCAAAAAUUAGGAUCAUCGCGUUCAGCCUCCCAUCUAAGCUGUUUGAAACCUUUGGAGAGGAGAAGAAAGAUUUGACCAUCGAUCAAGGUUUGCCCUGUUUCAUAGUAUCCGGCAAGAUUAAAAUUCCAAAGUUGACUUGGAUGGAUUUUAGAAUAUUUAAGGUUAAAUACAGGGAAGAAACUGAUGGAAGGUUUGUUUAUUAUGUUAUAAAUGGAAUUUUGUUUAUACUACUCAAAAUAAAGUUGUUCUCCUUAAAAAAAAAAAACAAAAAAACUCCCUUGUAAUUCUGAAUAUCUAAUGUUUCAAAAUAGAUAAUAGUAAAACAUCUAUUUUUAAUAUUUGUUACAUUUUAAUUUAUUACAUUUUAACUCAUUACAUUUUAACUCACACAUUUAAAAUCACAUUGUCUAAAAAUAUAUUGACUAGAAAUACUGCUUUUAUCCAUUUUCUUGAAACAACAUUAAUACUCUAUUGACAUCAAUGUCUUUAGUGUUACUAGAACCACUUUUAAAAAACAACUUGACUAAGGAAUAAAAUUCAGCUGUUUUAAGCGUAUAAUUCAGUAAUUUUUAGUAAAUUUACAAAGUUGUUCUACUGUCAUCACAAUGCAAUUUUAGAACAUUUUCCAUCAACUCUAAAAGAUUUCUGCUGCCCCUCUGCAGUUACAUGCUCUCUCCUUUGCCUUUUCUGGCUAUUUCAUAUAAAUGUAAUCAUGUGAUACGUGAUUUUCUGUAUCUAGGUGCUUUCACUUAGCAUAGCAUUUUGGAGGCUCAUCUAUAUUACAGCAUUUAUCAGUACCUCAUUCCAUUUUAUUGCUGAGUAAUAUGCCACUAUAUGGGAUUUCAUUUUUUGCUUCUAUAUUCAUCAGUCAAUGGAUAUUUAGGUUGUUCCUACUUUUUGGCUAUUAAGAAAAAUGCUUUUAAGAACAACUGUGUACAAGCCUUUGCAUGGACAGAUGAGGCCUACUUUUGACAACAGUUUCUAGAGCAUUUCAUUUGUGUAUUAUCAGGAAGGGUUUUCUGGUUUUCAUUCAUCCUCUGGGUAUGUAUCUAAAACUUCCUUUAGCUAGCACCUCUCCUUUACUGCCUUCUUAAAGUUUCCUUAAGGUUUGUUUAUUCUUAGGGAUAUCCAACAUUUGCAAAUGUAGGGUGAAAUCUCCCCAGGAUCAAUUAAUAAGUCUGUUACAAAUAUCUUUGCCUCUUUUUUAAAAAUCAGGUAUCUUUUAAUCUGCAUCCAAAACUAUUAUCCAUUGAGAUUUGCGAUCCUUUCAGGCUAAUGUCUUCUGAAAUAGUACUUUAUUAUUCAAAAUAAGGUCAAUGAGAGAGCAUCUUUUAAUAUGGCAGGCUCAUAAGGACUUAAGACAAAGCAGUAUUUCUUUUCUGAGAGACUUUGAGGAAAACUCUGCCUUAAGAGCAUAGGCUACUAUUAAAGUGUGACCUUACAUCCUCGAUGAAGGAUGAAAUUUUGAAAAUAACAUGUUAUGAUGUAAAUAUGCAUCAGCUGAAUCAAUCUAGUUAAAAGGACUUGAUGUCAGCCGUACUUCAAAGGGCUAAUACAAAUUUUGUAGGCAUAGAAGUCUCUCAGGGACUUUUAUAUAUACUUUAUAUACUUUUACCAAUAUAUAGUUAUUAUUUUUGAUAUUUACUGUCAAAAAACAUUUUUAAUAUUGUUUAAUUUUAAUAAAAUAUUGUCAAGCAUUUUAA